AAAACAUUCCCCCCAACUUGCGCGGCUUUUAUAUAUAGCCGUCACCGAGCAAAUUCCCAAUCUUCCAAGAAUCUAAGGUACCGGCGCCAUCCAUAGCACUGUGCUGCAGAAGCUUCGGCCUCGAUCGAGGUGAGCCAUGUCGCUGUCGUCCAGCACCAACUCGCUGCCCUACUCGACGGACAAGGGCGGGUACAGCACCCACGACGCGCUCGUCCUCCUCGGCAUCGGCUUCUGCGCCACCGCCGUCUCCAUCCUCAUCAUCGUGCUCUGCGAGUGCCUGUGCUGCCGCCGCCGCCGCGGCGCCGGUGGCACGGUCGUGUACGUGGCGGCCCGGCCCUUCUUCCUGCACGGCGGCGGCGGGCUGAGCCCCUCCGCCGUGGCCGCGCUGCCGUCGUUCGCGUUCCGCAGGGGCCUGGCGGUGGCCGGCCGCGGCGAGGGCAGCGGCAGCGGCAGCGGGCGCGGGUGGGCGCAGUGCGCGGUGUGCCUGAGCCUGGUGCAGGAGGGGGAGGUGGUGCGGCGGCUGCCGGCGUGCGCGCACCUCUUCCACGUCUGCUGCAUCGACAUGUGGCUCCGCUCGCACUCCACGUGUCCCCUCUGUAGGGCCGCCGUGGAUCCUACCAAGGAGCCGUCUUCAAAGGAGCUGGCGCCUCCGGUGUAAAUGCAAGCAUCGCAGUUUUGUGUAAUAACACGGCGUUUUGUGUACUAAUAGUGAAAUAACACAGAGUAUAAAAGUUUGGUUUGUACUCCCUCCAUCCCAAAAUAAAUGUUUUUUUAGAAAAUUUUAGAUAUAUUACUCAUUCUAAGAAAUGACUUUGUUAGAUUAAAAACUGUGUUAUUUAUUUGAUUUUUUAGAUCCACAAUGAAUGCAUAUGCAUUGGAACUAAAAAAAA